AUGUGGCGCUGCGCUGUGAGUUCUGGACUGUUGCCGUACUCCAUGCGGAUGCGGUGUAUGUCGACGCAGGCAUUUGUUGUGGCCGUAGAAAAGGCGCAGCAGCAGUUAGCUGCGUCCGAGCGAAGGCAGGAGCUCGUCUUGCACGGCCGUCACCUGUUUGAAUCUGAGAGUCUAGACGACAUCAAGACUGCCUGGAGCCCAGGCGUGGCCGGGACGGUCUGCCACGCCGCGACGCAGCUGCGCAUCUCCCCCACUAAGGGGCAACCAUUCACCGCCGUGGUGGAGCGCAGCCUCUCUCGCGAGGCGGCGGAGGCGAUGGAUGCGCCAUCCCUGGCCCGCAUCGUGCAUGCCUGUCUGGUGCUGCGAUCACCACUCCUCUAUGAGGUUUUAUUUACCUACAUUCGUCCCCUCAUCAAGCUGGCGCCGACCUUGGACACUGUGUCGUGUGCUGUACUCCUUAACGCCUACGGACGAGCGCAAGUGCAGCAUGAGGAACUCUACAAAGUUCUCUGCGAUCGGGCCACGAUUGUCAUGAAAGACCCUCGCACAUUUGUGGCGCAUACAGCAAAUGUUGCCCAUGCACUGGCACGUGUUCAUUUUUUUCACAGAGAUCUCUUUCUUGUUUUGCGUGAUCAGGCAGUUCGUCAUGCAACACAAGGCCCCGCACUUGUGCCCGUGACCAUCCUUGACGCGUUUGCCGAGGUUGGAUUUGUCGAUGACUCCCUCUUCAGCGUGCUGGAGGAACGACUGAUGAAGGAGCUGACCGAUUUGCCAGCCCCCCUCAUGGCAUCCCUGGUUGCAUGCUUGGUAAAAGCAGGGAGGGCGUCGUCACCGCUCUUUACUGCGUGUGGGGAACGCGUAACAGCUGUGGGCGGGACAUUUGAUCCCACAUCCAUUGCAAAGACAUGUGACGCGUACUACCGCGCAAAUGUUUUGGCAGAGGAGGUCUUCGGCGCCCUCGCAGAGCGAGCCUGCAAAGUGGCAGCUGACUUCCGAGCAGACGAGAUUCAUCUCACAUUAAACGCUCUUGGCUCGUUUGACCUUUUUGACGGUGAACUGUUUCCGUUGCUUGCGUCUCGCUUUGUAUCGAUUGUGAAGCAGGGCGGGUAUGUUAGUCCUCUUGACGCCGCUGGCGUUCUCGCUAGCUUUGCCGCUGUACAGGAACGAAGCGAUGAGCUUGUUCACAUCUGUACCCAGCUGUUGGCUGCCCACCGUGACGCUCUUGACGGGGCGACAUUGGUGCAGGCUCUCUGGGCCUGCACUGUACUCAACGUGCGAAACGAAGCCCAACAGUCUCUUGUAGGGUACGCGAAGGGCGAUGCAGCGAGGCUCCCCAGCGAGGAAGCCGCAGCGAGGCAGUCCAAGGUGGCGCUUGAGCGCCUUCAGUACGUCAAGAAGGCCUACGGUUUGACUGGGCCACAAGCUGAGGCGUCGUCGUGA